CACAAACGUGCCCACUCACGAUUAACACAUCGUAUUGCUCAAUGUCUAAUACCAAAGUAUAACUUCUGUAAAUAUGAGCAAGGAUGUACAAACAUAACAGUAUGUUCUCAUUAUGCUAUCUGCUGCAGAAAUGCGCUUAUGAAAAUCACGUGACCAUUUUGACGUCAAACAGAUCGAGAAUGUUGACAGUCCUACAUCGAGGGCAAGGUCUGAAACUACAGGCGAGAACAGAGAAGUCAAUCACACUAGAGAACUUGUUCACCAAAAUUGAAGCUUCAACAGAUAGCGCUUUGUUUGUAACAUUCACAACAUAUGCAAAACAGCACAAACUUUCAUUUCAAAAAGAAGAAAACUUGACUAUCAGAAAUCAUUCAACAACAUUUUAUAUGAUAAAGAAUACAACAGAAACGACUAAAUACCUAUUGCGCGCGCUAACAAACUGGAAUGGAACCGCCACGUGUAACACAGACGACUAUCUUGUUUCUCCUCACGAAGGUGUGAAACCUCUCAAACUCAAAUAUUCGACCUGUAACAAUAUCGCAACCGAAGAUGACAGUCCUAACUUUGAUAACUAUUAUAUUCAAUUGGAUGUAGUGAAACGACUGUUUCUAAGCGAAGAACUCAAACAACUUUGCUGUAAUAUAUAGUAACGCGUCGGCAAGUCAAAAGUGA